AUGGGCUUGUUAUGUAAUAUAUGGAGAACUCUCAUGCUCCUCUCCCUCUUCUUCAAACAACUAAAGAGCCAAGAUCCCAACACAGACGCCUCUUACCUCUCUAACUUCUUCAACCAAAUGAGUUCUUCUUCACACAAAGGUUACACAUUCUCUUCCUUAUGUGCCUCACCAGGAGUGGUCUGCGACAAACAAAAACAGAACGUUCUCCACUUCUCUGCUUCUGGGUCAGACCUAUCCGGUCCCAUCCCGGAUAACACCAUCGGCAAAAUGAAAAAGCUCCAAACUUUAGAUCUCAGCAAGAACAAGAUUACAUCUUUACCCUCAGACCUCUGGAGUCUUGACUCCCUCAAGCAUCUCAACCUCUCUUCCAACAAGUUUUCUGAUUCUCUUCCCAGCAACAUAGGCAACUUCGUCUCGCUUCAGACACUUGAUCUCUCUUUCAACACCUUCUCUGGUGAAAUCCCUACGGGACUUCUAAACUGCAGAUCUUUACUCUCCCUCGACCUCUCAUCGAAUCGGCUUACGGGUUUUCUGCCUAUUAGGUUUGGUUCUGCUUUUCCAGAGCUGAAAAGGUUGAACCUUUCACGUAAUAUGUUUGAGGGGACAGUGAGUGGAGUCUUGCAUGGGAACAUGGAGACGGUUGAUCUUAGUGGUAACCGUUUUGAUGGGCAUGUUUUGCAUUUAAUAGCGGGACAUAAACACAACUUGUCUGGUUUAGUUCAUCUUGACUUGUCUGAGAAUGGUUUUGUGGGGCAUAUAGUUAAUGGUUUGAGUUCAGCUCACAAGCUGGGAUACCUUAACCUCGCGUCUAAUCGUUUUAGGGCACAAGAGUUCCCAAUUAUUACAAAGCUUUCAGCUUUGUAUUAUCUGAAUCUAUCAAGAACCAAUCUGGUAGGUUUUAUUCCUAGAGAAAUCUCAAAGCUGAGUUAUUUGAAGGUUCUUGAUCUCUCCUUUAAUAAUCUCACUGGGAAUGUACCUUUGUUACCUCUCAAGAACAUUGAAGUACUUGAUCUCUCUCUGAACAAGCUAGAGGGAGACAUUCCAAGGACGGUUCUGGAGAAACUCUCCAUGUUGCAGAGGUUUAACUUCUCUUUCAAUAAUCUAACGUUUUGUGAUCCCAACUUGUCGCAAGUAAUGAUUCAGACAUCCUUCAUUGGCGCCACAAACAACUGCCCUUUUGCUGCAAAGCCAAAUGUUCAAAAGGGAGUGAGCGUGAGCAAGAAGAAGACAGGGCUUAAGAUUGGUGUGACUUUAGCAAUCUCAAUGGCCUUCUUACUUGUUGCUCUGUUGGUUAUACUUGUGGCAAUGAGAGGUAGGAGAAAAUCAAGAACAUGGGCAACAAAGCAACCUGCGGAACCAAACUUGUUAGACCAGAGUGUAUCAACUGAUGUCCCUGUUGUGAUGAUUGACAAGCCCUUGAUGAAGAUGACACUUGCAGACCUUAAGGCUGCUACUCUGAACUUUGAUAGUGGGGCAUUGUUGUGGGAAAGUAAGUCUGGUCCUACUUAUGAAGCAGUCUUACCCGGUGGAUUUAGAGCAGCUUUGAAAGUUGUGUCAAGUGGAACCACGUUGAGUGACGAUGAAGCCUCGGUUACGUUUGAACGCCUUGCAAGGAUCAAUCACCCGAAUCUUGUCCCGGUCUCUGGAUACUGCAUAGCUGCAGAGCAAAGAAUAGUGAUCUACGAGCACCUAGAGUGUGUUAACUUGCAUACUUUACUUCACACCACGGAUGACUCUUCAUCAUGGAUACUCAGGCAUAAGAUAGCAUUGGGGACGGCUAGGGCCUUAGCUUUCCUCCAUCAUGGCUGCAUUCCUCCGGUGGUGCAUGGGGAAGUGAAGGCUGGAACAAUCUUCUUAGACUCUAGCCAAGAACCUCAACUAGCAGAAUUUGGUUUAGCCAAGCUCUUGAACGAGGGAUUUCUCGGUGAUUUAGACGGCUACACACCAACAGAGCUGGAAGAAGAAGAUGGCUCUCCUACAUUAGAAUCAGAUGUGUACAGCUUUGGAGUUGUUCUGCUUGAGCUUGUGAGUGGGAAGAAGGCGGAAUGGGACUUGGUGAAUUGGGUGAGAGGGUUGGUGAGGCAAGGAGAGGGAUCUAGAGCCAUAGAUCCAACACUGCAAGGGACAGGUCCAGAUGAGCAGAUUGCAGAAGCUGUGAAGAUAGGCUACUUGUGCACGGCUGAUCUAUCAUGGAAGAGACCCACUAUGCAGCAGGUGGUUGGACUGCUCAAAGACAUUUCACCCUCAUAA